AUGGGAACUUUCUCUGAAGAUAGAUGGAGAUGGGAUUUCAAAUGGAGGAGGAAUUUAUUUGACCACGAAAAUGAUUUGGCAGUGAAUUUUAUGGAGGAUAUUACUUCUAUCUCUAUUCAGAGAUAUGUGAAGGACAAUAUGAUGUGGAAAGCUGAAUCAACAGGAGUAUAUUCCACCAAGUCAGCCUAUAGAAUAAUGCUGAACACCAAUGCCUCAGCCACAGAUGUCAGAAAUUUCAAAUUAAUAUGGAAGAUGAAAAUCCCCCCAAGGGCAACAGUCUUCACUUGGAGGCUCCUCAAGGACAGAUUACCUACUAAGGGUAACCUAUUAAGAAGAAAUGUCAUAUUCCAAGAUGUUGGCUGCCCUCUCUGUGGUCAAGUGCAGGAGGAAGUGGGUCAUCUAUUUUUGAAUUGCCAAAGGACAAUGCCCCUGUGGUGGGAAUCCAUGACAUGGAUCCAGGCAGUAGGACCUCUUCCAGCAGUCCCAGCAAGUCAUUUAACACUAUUUUGUGAAGGAUUUGGAGCUAAUAUAAACCAUAGCAGAUGGUGUGGGUGGUGGGUGGCUCUAACUAGUACUAUUUGGCAACAUAGGAAUAACCUCAUCUUUCAAGGAAAACAAUUUGAUUCCUCAAAAGUCAUGGAAGAGGCUAUGUUUUUAGCUUGGUCUUGGCUAAAAUCUAGAGAGAAAGGCUUCAACACUAGCUUUAAUCAUUGGUCCUCUAAUAUAAAGGAGUACUUUGGUUAA